CUCCUCAACAAUGGGCGUAUAAAAACCAGCCUUCCAAGCAACUUCUCAUCCACCACCCUCUUACUUCUGCACCCCCUUCCCCGUCAAAAACCUCCCAAACCACUCCAACGACUGCUUCUGCAACUCCACCGCACUCUUCGUCUGCCCCUCAUCCUUCGGAUCCGUCCUCACCUCAAACCCAUGUUUUGCGCCCUCAUACACCCUAACCUCACUCCUCUCCGCCCAGCAACCCCUCAAUCUUCCUCACAUCCUCCCAAUCACCAUAUCCACAUCCCCAAUCGCCACCGCCAGCGGCCUGCAGACCUUUUGAGCAAACCAUUGCCAUCUCUUCACCGCCGCUGCAGUAUCCAAUCUCGAUAAUGAGUGCUAACGCGACAAAAAAGACGUCUAUACCAGCACUACCUUUCCAAAGAGCUCAAAUAUCCCAAACAAUAGCUAAUUAUAUCAAAUGUCAUUAUUUGCACCAAACACAAUCCACAGACACAGCUAAUCGCCAUGUUUUUCUCCUCACCGAUGAUUCCCAACAAUGGCGGCACCAUCCUGUAAAAACUGCCUUACAGGCUACAUGAAGACUGAAAAACCUACCGGCACUGUGUCAACAAUCCACCGGCUAAACACCUACGUCGCUACGCCCCCAAAUGCCCCCAAAUGCCCCCAAAGGGCUCAUUGUCAUGAUUCCUGAUAUCUUCGCGUGGGAAACAAACAACAGCCGUCUCCUCGCCGACAGCCUCUCCCAAGAGGCGAUUUCCUCGUCUACCUCCCAGAUUUCAUGAAUGGCACCGCACCACCCCCCAGCACAUGGAACUAAUGGACUCCCUCCUCGGUCCCUCGCCACCACCAUCUUCUACAAACCCAUCUGGGCCGUCCAAUUCGCCUGCGCCGCCAUCCCCUUCAUAGCACGCAACCGCGACGCCGUCGUGCGCCCCCGGAUCUACGAUUUCCACCGCUCUGUGCGCGCCGACGCAGCCACCGCACACCUCGGGUUAGGGUGCGCGGGGUACUGCUGGGGCGGUAAAUACACAAUCCACCUCUGCCAGGAAGAUGGGAUGGUCAACGCCGGGUUCGCCGAGUAAGAUGGCGUUUCCGGAGGAUUGAGUAUCAACAAUUAAUUAAAGUUAUAAGACUAUAAACUCUAUGAAGGCAU